UCUUCAUUUCGAUUUUACACUCCUAAAUUCUCUGCUCAAGGAUCGUCUUUCAUGGCGGCUAUUUCUUCUUUAUCUUUUACUGCAUUGGGCCAAGCGUCGGAGAGGAAGCAUGCGGUUUCUUCGAUUCGAUCGUUAGGUUCUACUUUUUAUGGUUUUCGAUUCCGAACCAUUUCUGUUUCCGAUUCACCUGGAGUUCGAACCCGGAAUUCGACUUCUCGAAUGGUUAUUCAAUGCAUGUCAUCUGCAACAGAUGUGCCCACAGUAUCUGAGACAAAAUUAAGCUUUCUCAAGGCAUACAAGAGGCCUAUCCCUACCGUAUACAACACCGUGCUGCAAGAGCUGAUUGUCCAACAGCAUCUGAUGAGAUAUAAGAGGACAUACCGAUAUGACGCUGUCUUUGCUCUUGGUUUUGUGACUGUGUAUGAUCAGCUCAUGGAAGGGUACCCAAAUGAUGAGGAUCGAGAUGCCAUCUUCCAAGCCUAUAUCAAAGCAUUGAAGGAGGAUCCUGAACAAUACAGAUCUGAUGCCCAAAAGUUGGAAGACUGGGCCCGGACUCAAAAUGCCAAUUCAUUAAUUGAAUUUCCUUAUAGAGAGGGAGAAGUUGAAGGGAUUUUGAAAGAUAUUUCAGAACAGGCUAGGGGUAAUGGGAGUUUCAGCUAUAGUCGUUUCUUUGCUAUUGGGCUAUUUCGUCUUCUGGAAUUGGCAAAAGCAACAGAGCCAUCUAUCUUAGAACAGUUUUGUGCAGCCUUAAACAUAAACAAAAGAAGUGUAGAUCGAGACCUUGAUGUGUAUCGCAACCUGCUUUCUAAGUUGGUUCAAGCAAAGGAACUCCUAAAGGAGUAUGUAGAUAGAGAAAAGAAGAAAAGAGAAGAAAGGAUGGGGUCUCAGAAGGCUAAUGAGGCCAUUUCAAAAUGCGUGGGAGAAUUCCUAUGUUCAGGUCAAUAGUACAAACCUACUGUUCCAAGUAUUCUGAAACUUAACUCCGUGUUUCUCUUAUGGCUUUUGGAUCAAGAGCAUAAUAUCUGAGUUACCCACCAAAAUACAAGUUUGUAAUUCUUGUAUUAUUUUGAAAUAUGGAGUAUGAUGACCCAAAUACAUCCUUUGUAUUCACCUAUCACCUUGGCUUUUCCCUCUUUCUUCUUCAUCUUUCUGAUUUUCUUUCAAAAUGUAUUCCACUUGUGUUUAUUUAGUACAACAUACAAAUGUUGGAUCAGCAUUCUCCA